AAAAACGUCAAUCAUUUCAAAAUGAGUCACCGCAAGAAAGCGCGUCAGUUAAACAGGAUACAGGAGGGCACAAAAGACCCUUAGAAAGAAAGCGAAACAAACGAAAUUUCGCCCGCAGGAGCCUCGUCCCAUCUCAGCGGGUCAAGUCAUGUACAGCAUCAUCUGCAUCACUUCACUGCUCUUCUUGACAGGUGCAGAGGCCCUGAGUGUCAUCCAGCCACCAUUCGUCACUGCAGUCACUGGCAAAGACACCGUCCUGCCUUGUGUUUUUAACCCUGGAGAUGCGACAGUCAAACGCAGAAUCCCACAUUGGUACUUUGGGGAAAGAAUCAACCGGACGGAUGUUUACCCAGAAAACAACUAUUCUUCCAGUCAUCACAAAGGAAGGGUCACCAUGGAAGAGGAAGAUGGGAACAACAGCAUUUCUCUCAGGAUGUUGGACGUCCACCCUGGUGAUCACAAUACGUAUUACUGCAUGAUGUCCUGCAUCGCGAACGACUUUCCUCAACGCCCCACUGGAAAUGGCACCUUACUCUUUGUUCAUGGCCACCUGAACCUCUCUGCGCCCAUGUACAGCCUGUACGACCAGACCAUAAUCCUCUCCUGCAACGUCACGGUUGCAAAAUCUCAACAUGCUCAGCUCUUCUGGAUGCAAGGAACCACAGAGCUCUCGGAGGAAAUUUCGGUACAGAGCAUUACCCGGCUUGAGAACGGGAUGGAGGCCUUACAAAGUCAACUCACCACCGACUUUCCUAACAUGCCGGUCACCUACACCUGUGUGCUGACCUACAACUCUCAACACCGCAUCAUUAAUGAAUCCGUCACGCUCAAUCCAGCAGAGGCUCCUGUACUUUUGUACACAGCGGUCAUUUUGAAAUCUCUCCUUAUACUUCUCAUUGUCCUUUGUGCAAUUGUGAAAGAGCGAAGAAGUUCCAGCUUGUAAAUCUACGCCCCUCUCAUGAGUGACCCCAGGAGCUGCACAUGACCAAAUUACCUUGAGGACAAAGUCCACACACAGCCUUACCACACCACCAAUGAUUGCAUUGUCCAGGGUCUCGAAGAUGUGCCUGUUUGGAGUCGAAAAAACCUACAGUGUGCCCCCCCCCCCCCCACCAGUGGUGAGGACUUUGAACUGUACAGCAUACAGCACAUUCUAUGGCCAAAAGUUUGUGGACACCGGACCAUCACACCUAUAUGAGCUGGUUGGACAUCCCAUUUCAAAACCAAGGGCAUUAAUAUGGAGAUGCCCACCUCACACCGUAACAGCCUUCAAUCUUCUUUCCAUAAGAUUUUGGAAGUGCGUCCCUGGGAAUUUGUGUCCAGUCGGCCAAAACAGCAUUUGUGAAGUCAGGCCCUGAUGCUGGGUGAGAAGGCCUGCUCACAACUGGAGCUCCAGUUCAUCCCAAAAGUGUUCAGUAGAGUUGAGGUCAGGGCUUGUGUGCAGGCCACUUAUGUCUUGAUGGACCACAGGGCAGAUUACGAAACACGGAAUGAGAUGUUACUAUCCUUGUGCAAGCACAUACAAUAGGUUCAGUUACGCUUGUCGGUGAAUGGUGAAUGGUAGACCU